UGGAGAAUGAUGAGGGAAACCUCCUUCUCAAGAAUCGGACUCCAGUAAUGACUCGUUCUUGACGGAAGCAAGCGUAAGCAGAAGCACUGGUGGGAUCUCUUUUUAUUCUUGUACCAAUGGCUCGCUUGCUCGCUCUAUCGCUGCACCAAUUUUCGUGAUUUGAAAGUGGAGCGCGAGCGCGUAGUGUAAAACGCAGUUUCAUGCCCUUCUCGAGCUUUGGUCGUCGUACUUUGGGAAACUUGUCCUCAAGUUUGACCAGAAUGGUUUCAGAUGUUAUAGAACAGCUUAAGGAGUUAUGGUUAUCAUAGUUGCAUCAGGGCGAUUAGUUUAAACUCUAUUAGCAUCUGGUGAAGGUAAUUGAGAUCUCAUUGGCAUUAAAGCUGCCCCGAAAAGUUGCAGUCCUCUGUCCUCUUCCCCAGCGGCAGUCUGCACUCACAUAAAGGUGCUGCUGAAUAAUGUGCCGCAGUUUGUGGAAGGACAAGCUCCCGUUCCUCCAUCGUUGGUCGGUGAGAGAACCACAUUCACAAGGGAGCAGUAUUGGCAACGCAGGGUGAAUGCGGAUCUGCCAAAAUCACACUAUUCUAUUGGUGAGACACGCUUCGGGCUCGCAUGCAGGAAAGUACACUGGCUCUUAAACUAUCGACUAUGGCGGAAGGGCACGAGCGAAAUAUUGGACUUAUUGAAUGUCUGUAUUAGCAUUUCCUUCCAUUGAUCGGCAGCGAAGGUUUCUGUCAUGAAGUCUGAAAGGGGCUGAACGAGAGGUCGAGAAGGGCCGCGCCGUUAGUACGUGAUGGGCUCUCUGCAUCUUUCCGGUACACGGCGCGGUCAAAUGUUCUGAGGAAAUUGGGUAAGCUGUUGCGAUUGCCACAUCUGCACGAUCAUAUCUGGGGAUUGGAAGGAGCCCGCACGAGGUCCGGUGGAGAAAGGAAGGAGCGGAAAGGUUGGAUACGAGCAAGCGAGGCAGGAGCGUUUAUUUCAUGACUUGGCGUGCUCUUCUGCCACUCUUCAAAGGGACCUUCUUGAGCUGAGCUUGCCCGUCCAAUUCGACAACUUUGCAUCGAACGGGGUCUCGGAAAUUUCGUCACAUUAAAUUCCACACUCAUCUUGCGUAAUUAGUGAUUCCAGCAGCAGAUUCAGACAUGGUUAGCCAAACGGUAAAGGCCGUAGCCUUGGGGCAGGUUCUGUCGUUGCUCGUCACCGGGACCUCGUUUUCUUCGUCGCAGCUUGCACGCUAUGGUAUCAAUGCUCCGAUGACCCAGGUCUUCUUCAACUAUUUACUCAUGUCUGGAGUCUACGGAUCCUACCUCUUGUAUUUGCGAAAGCCCUUGAAGUUUCGCUGGUACCUGUAUCUGCUGUUCGCAGUUAUCGAUGUCCAAGCCAACUACCUCGCAACUAUGGCAUACCAGUAUACGUCCAUCACAAGCGCUAUGUUGUUGGACUGUUGGACUGUCCCGCUGGUUCUAGCGCUCACCUGGCUAUUUCUGAAAACUCAAUACCUUCGGGGCCACUUUGUCGGGGUGUGCAUAUGUGUGCUGGGUCUGGUUCUCGUCGUUUUCUCCGACGUCCAUGCCGACGACAGAGCGUCUGGAGGAAGUAGACCUAUCCUGGGUGACAUUCUCAUGCUCCUUGGGGCAACAGGCUAUGCAAUCAGCAACGUCUAUGAGGAGUUCCUGGUAAAGAAGGUUGACCGACUGGAGCUUUUAGCGAUGAUGGGCGGGUUUGGAGCUAUCACUAGCUUUGUGCAAGUCGUUCUAAUCGAACGGGAAGUUUUGCUGUCGACUCAAUGGACUGUGAAUGCUGUUCUACCAUUCAUAUCGUACUCCGUUUGUCUCUUCUCCUUCUGCACUUUGGUUCCUGCGCUGCUGCAGAUCAGCGGAGCGACUAUGUUCAACUUGUCAAUGUUGACAUCUGAUAUGUAUGCAGUUGCCAUUCGAUGGCUCAUCUAUCAGGAAUCGGUGGACUGGUUGUACUUUGUGGCCUUCGCCACUGUUGCUGUGGGGCUUGCCUGGUACACAAGGAGUGGUGAUGCACCUGCUAUUGCACUGGAGAUCGAAAAGGGCUAUGAAAAGUUGGAGUCAGAUCCACCUGUGGAUAUGAAUUUACCGGAGUCGGUUGCUCCUUAAAGUGCUUGAGCAUGAGUGUCUGUGGACAAAGUGAUUCGGAAAUACGACUCCGGAGCAGACUAUUUUUGAGAUGUUGAUUGAGUCUGCGAUGAUGGUGACUGUUCCAGUGUAUUAAAUCCAGGCAAUGGUUUAGGAAGUGCUCCAGAUUCUUGACGAGAUGGAAAGGCCAGGUCGUUGACUCGAGAAACCUGUGCAUAAUUGUCAUAUAGUACCAUAGUGUACACAAUAGGUUAACGACUCCGCAGGCCCGUAGGAAUCAGAUAAGAUGUCAACAUGUCUACAUAUAUUCAGACGUUGUACACACCUGAUGAGCUUAAAGUGGAAGGAAUGUAUUUGACCGACAUUUAUAAAUUCGCAACC